AUGAGAAUCCCACAACUACUGAGCCGUAGAGCCACCAGUCCUCUACGAGCCUCAAAAUUCUCAUCGCAUCUUCAUCGCCCACUUACAUCCCGAUUCUCAACAGACGCAGCCUCUCACCCCGCCAAUCGCGUCCAAAUCUACCUCUCCAAAUCAACAGACCCCUUCCUCAACCUCUCCGUCGAGCACCGCCUCCUCCAAAUCACGCCCCCAGACUCAACCAUCCUCACACUCUAUGUCAACUCCCCCAGCAUCAUCUUUGGCCGCAACCAGAAUCCAUGGCUCCAGGUCAACUUGAACCGCUUAGCCCAGAUUGCUCAAGAUCCGUCUAGUGCCGGCUGGAAUGAUUCACCCAUCCAAUUGGUGCGGCGACGAUCCGGAGGCGGCGCGGUAUUUCACGAUGCCGGUAAUGUCAACUUCAGCGUCAUCUGUCCUCCUGAGCACUUUGAUCGCAACAAGCACGCCGAAAUGGUUGUGCGCGCAUUGAAAGCCCUGGGAAGACCGAAUACUCGUGUCAAUGAGAGGCACGACAUUGUCAUGGACAUUGCGUCGAAAGGAGAGCCAGAGACAUAUAAAAUCUCUGGCUCGGCUUACAAACUCACGCGUCUGCGAUCACUACACCACGGAACUUGUCUUCUGGGGAGUCCUAACUUGUCAAGCAUCUCUGGCUUGCUACGGUCUCCUGCGGGAGGCUAUCUCGAUGCACGUGGCGUCGACAGUGUGCGCCGUCCGGUCAAGAACAUCGAUGUCGGCAAUGACGAAUUCAAGGAUGCCGUGGUGACCGAGUUUGAGAGCAUGUACGGAGACGUCCAUUUCCGUGGCGAAUUCGACGACACAGCGAUACAAGUAGACGAAAUCCGACGAGGCUAUGAAGAGCUUCAGUCCAAGAGCUGGAUUUGGGGCCAGACCCCACGGUUUACUUUUUCGACACAUCCUACGGAAGAGGAUCCCCGGCCUCGGCCAGAGCUGCCAUUUGACUUAAACAUGUGUCUUCUUGCCAAGCACGGUGUCAUAGAAGAAAUGACCAUUAAGCAUAGCGAUGGAGCUGCUGUCAAUGCCUUGGAUGACUCUAAAUUCCAUGGAGCUUCAGUAUGGGAGAUUGACAACUGGGCAGAGUCGCUUAGUCGAGCUGGCCUGGGGGGUAGCCUCAGUAGGGAAGCAGGGGCAUGGCUAAAUGGCAUGUUUGGGACUGACUACACUAGAAUGGUAAAAAGUUGA